UCGUUACUUUAUUUGUCUGCUUAGCGGAUAUCCCUCUUGGCAGAGCGCCUUACGACACGCACAAGGAUUUAUUGUUAUGUUUUUUUUGUUUCUUUUCGUGCGAGAAGAAUCUGUGAUAAACUGAAAGAAAGAUGCACGUCUCUCCGCAGGCCCCCGAUGGAAAGCAUGGAGGAGUUCGACAGAGAGAGCCCGAUGGUCAUGACCUUCUGCCAGCUGCUGUCGGAGGACGAGUUCGAGGAGCAGGGCUUGUCCUACACGGAGCGCGCCCUGCGCGACCUCUUCCUCACCAUGGAGCGCCAGCCCGAGCUGUGCGAGCGCGUCGUGCGCCGCAGGAAGCAGGCGGAGCUGGAGCGCGGCGCCGUGGGCACUGCCAUCAGGGUGCGUGCGUGCGUGUGCGCGUCAUGGGCGGGGCGGGGCGCCGCCGUGUGCGUGCGUGUGCACGUCAUGGGAGGGGCUGGGGGCCGCCGUGUGCGUGCGUUGUGUGUCUACGUUCCUAACGCUAAUGGCAUCUUCUUUACAACAGUCACUCACCCCCAGCUUAGUUUCUUCACCCCACAGCCCGGGGCCCAGACUCCCCUGAGGGAUCAGGCCAACGUCAGGAGGGCACCCAGAAGGCCCAGUGGUGCUGCUGACUGUCCACUCCUCCCCUCUGUCCGAAACAGCUGUGUGGAUCCGCCGGCCCCGCCGGAUCUGGGUGACCCCCACGCCGACAUCCACACCGCGAUUCUCGCCUGUAACCCCCUGAAGAGGCUGAAGGCGACGGGCAUCGAGAGGUCUCCGGGAGGCACCCCGAUCUGCACCCCCCGUAGGAGCCGGCUGGCCGGGGGCCAGGAGAGCUCCCCUGCCUCUGCCUUCAACACGGCGCUGCUGUCCAAGUUCAGGAGCGCCCAGAGCCCGGCUCCGGAGGCCCCCCCCGCCGACUCCCCGGGCAGCAGCUGCAGCGACGGCUCUGGGUUCGCCACCCCCCCGGGAUCACCCUGACCCCCGGGACCCAGCGCAGC